GCGAUUUCUUUACUCUCACCACAGCCUCCAUGAUGCACCGGAGUGCUCAGGAUGGGAGGUCCACUCACCUCUUCCUCCCCGUUAGGCCAGCCGGGCUUGCCUACCUGCCUUCCCCUUUCACCGCCUCCACGGCGCUCCCCGGUCCUCCCCUCGCUCCCUGCCGGACCGCCAGCCACCGCAUCCUUCCCUCCUCGGUCUCCAGUCCCCCUCGGCCCUCUCGCUGGAACCUCUCGUGCUCCGCCAGCUCCUCGGUCCCCCGCGCCCACGUCUGCCGGUGCCCAUCUUCCCCCCUUUCUCCAGCCCCUCUACAUCCCCCUUUCCCCUCAAUAAACCUCUUUAGAAACCUGAA